GUUAUCGAUAGGCAUGUCCCCAAUUCGCUCCACCAAAAUUCCCCCCCACCGCCUUUGGUCGCAACACUGGCAGAAUUCGCUUUUUUCGCGGAAUUGCUCUCGACCCUUGCCGCAGCACAACGACUUGGCGACAACCUUUUUUUUUUUUUUUUUUUUUUUUUUUUCUCUCUCUCUCUCUUUUUCGUUGCUGGUUGAAUUUCUUUGUCAACCACCACCCAUCACCGAUUCCACCUCCAGUCGCAAUCCAUAUUUUUCUGGAUCGCGCUCUCCUUUUCUCACCAUUGCUUGAUCUGAGGAAAACAACAAAGCAACAAUGGGCAAGUCAAGUUCCAAGAAGCGCUCCCGCUCCGACGAGGACGACAUCGCUGUCGCGGCGCAAGAGCAGGAGGUUAUGAAGAAGAGCAAGGUGGACGAGAACGGCAAGAGCGAGGUGACAAAGUCUGAGUCUUCCGACAAGAAAUCCAAGAAGGAAAAGAAGGACAAGAAGGAGAAGAAGGACAAGUCUGAGAAGAAGGAGAAGAAGGACAAGAAGGACAAGAAGGAAAAGAAGGAAAAGAAGGAAAAGAAGUCCAAUUCGGCUGCCGAGGAGGAGGAGGAGCCCGCCGCCGCUGAGGAACCAGCCGUCGAGUCCUCCGAGAAGAAGUCCAAGAAGGACAGGAAAGACAAAAAGGACAAGAAGGACAAGAAGUCCAAAGAGGAGAACCAGCUACCCCCCUCCCACCCCGACGCCCAAAAACCAAAGUCGCAAGAGGAGGCAAUGGCGGAGGAGACCCAACCCAAAGGCCGCUUCAUCUGCUUCGUCGGCAACCUCCCUUACACGGCCACGGCGGAAUCCCUCACCGCCCACUUCGCCGCUCUCCAGCCCACCUCUGUCCGUCUCCUCACCGAGCGCGACGACCCCAAAAAGUCGCGCGGGAUCGCCUUUGUCGAGUUUGACCGCUUCGACAGGAUGAAGACGUGCCUGGAGAAGUUUCACCACACCGAGUUUGAGGGGAGGAAGAUUAAUGUUGAGUUGACUGCCGGCGGCGGAGGCAAAACCCCCCAACGCCUCGACAAGAUCAAGGAGAAGAACGCCAAGCUCAACGAGGAGCGCCGCAGCAGGAUGAAGAAGGUCGAGGUCGAAAAGGCCGAGAAGGAAAAGGCAAAGGCUGCUGACAGUGCUGAGGAGAAGCCUGCUGAGGAGGAGGACGACCAAGCUGGUAUCCACCCUUCCCGCCGGGCGCAGGUCGGGGCCGAGUUCAACGAAGAUGAGGAGGACAAUUUCGGGUAUAGCAAUGGUGGUGGUGGCAGGGGUAGGAGGGGUGGUGGUGGUAGAGGCGGUGGUGGUAGGGGGAGAGGUGGUGGUAGAGGUAGAGGUGGGAGAGGUGGCGGCGGUGGGAGGUUUCAAAAGAAGUGGUAGAUCAUUUCCACUGCUGUCUUGAGAGGGGGGAAAAUAUAGGAGAAAAUGGAUUGGUAAAAAGAAAAAAAAAAUGGGAAAAGGGAGUGGAUACAGGUUUCACACCUGGGCUUCUCUUUGCUGUUAGGUAGAUAUAAUGUGGUUCUGGCUGGUUGGUUGGACAAUGGUGUUUUAAGCAAAAGUUGGGAGUACGCUUAUGAUACCCCUUUUGUUUUCUGGCUGAAAAAGUUGCAGAAUAGAAGAGUGUAGGGCUCAGAGAGAAGAGAGAGAAGAAUGGAGAGUUCAGGUCGUCAACCAUC